AUGAAUGGCUCAGGUAGUCCGUCAUCAUCUGUCCGUAGUCCCCAGCAGUCCCCUCGCCCAGAAUCCCCCCAUUCUUCCCCAUCGGUCGGCCAACACAAGCCAGAUCAUCUUGGUCCCGCCGAGGAUGCUCAUGAUGCCCCGUUACAUGGAAAAAUAGACGCUGCAUCUCGGACCGCCUCACAUACCACCGGUACCCUUCCUGAAAUUGCUGCCCCUGCGGCCACCACCACACUCAACUCAACUCGGCCAGAUCUUGCUAAGACUCAGACACCAGCCAACUUGACUGACGAGCAGGUGCGAGUGAAUCUUUCCUCAGCAACAUCGACUGGUCCGACUUCUACCAACAAUCAGGCCUUACCACCCGCUACUGGGCCACAAUAG